AUGGGUUUCUCUGCCAACACACGGGAGGACUUCGGCGGGUGCUCCUGUCGAGGCUCGCAGCCUCCGGGAGGGCUCGCGUCCGUUCUCACUGUGGUGAACCCGGAGGGUGGGAGCGGGCAGGAGAAGCACAGACAGACACGCUGCAGCAGCAGCAGCAGCAGCAGCCCUGACUUCUGUGCUUAUGUUGGCGGCAGUCGGAGACAUUCUCCUGGUCUGUGUUCUGAUUCUUCUUUGGAGCAGAGUUUAAGAAUCACUGUUGGCAAUGACCACUUCUGUGUUAACACACCAGAACGGCGUCGACUUAGUGACCGGUUGGGAUCACCAGUUGAUAAUCUGGAGGAUAUGGACAGGGAUGAUCUGACUGAUGAUUCUGUCUUCACUCGAACCUCCAAGUGCUCUCGGGGUCUUGAACGAUACAUUUCUCGGGAGGAGGGGCCACUUAGUCCUUUCUUGGGACAACUUGAUGAGGAAUACCGUGCAAGAGAAACUUUUCUGCAUAGAACUGAGUAUAGUCCCCAUGUCAGUUGUCAUGAUGAAUUGUUGAGAGGAGCAGAACGGAAUAGAGAGAAACUCAAAAGUUCUUCCUACUCCAUACGAGCUGAGGAAAGAAGCCGGGAGACCAAAAGACCCCGUUAUGAUGACACAGAAAAGGUACAUAGCAUAGGAGGGGAUCACUCGAGUUUUACAUCUGGGACUCGCAACUAUAGACAGCGAAGAAGAAGCCCAAGCCCAAGGUUUCUAGACCCUGAGUUUCGAGAACUGGACCUUGCCAGGCGAAAGCGAGAGGAAGAGGAGGAACAAAAUAGGAGCUUGGGUCAGGAGCUUGUGGGAGCUGAUGAUGAUCAAACUAGCUGUUCCAUCCCUGGGUUGUCAAAUGUCCUAACAACAUCAGAGCCAGGAUAUUCUUUGCAUCGGCCUGAGGAAGUAUCUGUGCUGCCCAAGAAGUCCAUUCUGAAGAAGCGAAUUGAAGUGGACAUGAAGCCUUCCUUGCAGCUUGAGAGCUUUUCCGGCAGUACCAGCUCCAGUCAGGAUCAUUCUCUCUAUUCUGAACAUUCACCUCUUCCAUUAAGUGGUGCUAUUGCUGCUUUUGCUUCAGAGAUUGAAAAUAAGGGAACUACAGUGGAGGCUGACCUGAAGGAACCUCAGAGUAACCUGUACCAGUGGGGUCUCCUCCAUGAGACACCUAAAGACAACAAUCCUCUCGCUGAAAAAUUUGACAGUUUUCUGUGCUAUAAGGAAAAAUUGAAUUUGAAGGCUGAGGGACUUGAGCGACAUGCAGACUUCUUACUACCCCAUGAGAGAGCUAGCCAGGAUGGCAGUGGCUUUUCUCGAAUUCUGAGCAUGUUGGCUGACUCUACCAGUACACAGGAAAAAAGAAGACGUAGCUUCCCUGAUAUUGAGGAUGAGGAGAAAUUUCUCUAUGGGGAUGAAGAGGAGGAUAUUAAAGCAGAAUCUCCACCUAAGUCCCUUGGGGACUCUGAGAAUAAAGGUUCAAGACAGAAAGCAAGCUCUGUGCCCUCAACUCCAGCCAUAAAGCUAGAAUCACUAGAAGAGAGCAAUCCAGAAUAUUCCAAGAUUCAUGACUUGCUGAAGACCAUAGGGCUGGAUAUUGGAGUAGCAGAAAUUAGUAAAUUGGCUGCACGCACCCAGGAGCGACUUCAUGGCAAGAAGCCAUCAUCACGCUCCCUAGCUGACCGACGUCCGUCUGCUGACCGACACUUCUCAGCUGACCGAGGUUCCUCAGUGGAGCACAGUUUCAUAACUGAUAGACGCUCAUCAGAUUCUCACAGACUGGAGAGCAGGGAGUCACAUCAUAGCAAUACUCAGUCCCCAGAAGUAUCCCAUCCACUCCCAGCCUCACCAGUAGACCCUUACCUGCUCACAAAAAGUAGCCCUCCAUUCUUAAAGGCUGACCAUCCACUGGGUCAUGUUCCAGGGCCAGAGGUAGUUGGCAGUGGGUUUCAGUCACCUGUUGCUGUUAGAUGCAUGAUGCCAUCGGCCCCACCUACCCCAAUUAGACUUCCACACUCUGCUCCUUUACCCCAGUUCUAUAUACCAAGGGCCUCUCAGUUUGCCACACCUCGGAUUCCUCCAAACUACCAGGGAUCUGUCAUUCCCUCUGCCCCCUUUGAUGCCUAUAGGCACUACAUGGCAUACACAGCCUCAAGGUGGCCCAUGUAUCCUGCCUCUCAACCAUCAAGCCACACUUUACAGGAGCCACACAGGCUAAUACCAACAACCAAACAAACUACUCAUAGUAGUCGUCCCAAUCUCCGUGUGAUCCCCACUGUGACUCCUGAAAAGUCCAAACAAGAGGUAUCAGUGCUAGGCUCAAUUUCUGUUAAGCAAGUUCCUAUUCAGGUGUCUCCAUCACUCAUAAGAUACAAUCCAGAGAAGAUCUCUGAUGAAAAGAACCGUGCCUCCCAGAAGCAGAAGGUUAUUGAAGAGAGGGAAAAACUGAAGACUGACCAGGAAGCCCGGCAGAAGAAAAUGUUUUAUCUCAGGACUGAGCUGGAGAGGCUUCAUAAACAACAAGGGGAGAUGUUGCGCAAGAAGCGAAGGGAGAAGGAUGGUCACAAAGAUCCCCUUCUGAUGGAGGUGAGUCGACUGCAGGAUAGCAUUAUGAAGGACAUUGCAGAGCUGCAUAAAGAGACAGAAGAAGCAGAAAAGAAGCAAUCUGAACUGGACAAAGUGGCACAGAUCCUGGGAAUUGACAUCUUUGAUAAAUCCCUGAAGUCCUCAAAUGACAGUAAAGAGUCUACAGAGAAGCCUGAAAAAGGAGAGAAAUCUAAGAGCCCAGAAAGAGAGUUAUUGACCUCAAACUCUUCCUCUAACAACCAGGAAUCAAAAGUAAAUGAAAAGUCCUGUAUUAAGAACCCUAAUUCUGCUGAAAGCCUCCAGCCAACCUCUAAGCAAUCUGACCAACCUGUUGCUGUGUAUGAGUAUUACGACGCUGGUAAUCACUGGUGCAAAGACUGCAACACCAUAUGUGGGACCAUGUUUGACUUCUUCACCCAUAUGCACAAUAAGAAGCAUACACAGACACUGGAUCCCUACAACAGACCUUGGGCUUCAAAGACCCAGAGUGAGGCUAAGCAAGACACUGUAAAGCGAACUGACAAGAUAACUGUUCCUGCAAAAGGCUCUGAGUUUCUGGUUCCCAUCACUGGAUUUUACUGCCAACUUUGUGAGGAAUUUUUGGGGGAUCCAAUUUCUGGAGAGCAACAUGUGAAGGGUCACCAGCACAAUGAGAAAUACAAGAAAUAUGUGGAAGAAAACCCAUUGUAUGAAGAACGAAGAAAUCUGGACCGCCAAGCAGGCUUGGCUGUGGUCCUAGAGACAGAACGACGACGGCAAAAUGAGCUAAAGCGCAAACUUAGUGAGAAACCAAAGGAGGAGAAGAUAGAAAAAAAGGCAAAAGUUGUGAAAGAAGCAAAGGAAGAUGACAAAACCUCCAUAGAAUUAGAGGACCAGCUCUCUGAGGGUGGGAAUUCCCCUGAAAAGGGUGAAGUUAAAAGGAAUGCUAGCCUCAAACUCCCAGUAAGAGAAGAGAUAAAAAAGGAGUCAUCAAUAGCAUCGUCUUUCGGAAAGUUCAGUUGGAAGAAGCCAGAGAAAGAAGAAGAAAAAGGUUCAAUGGUGCCUCUAAGUGCCCCUAAGGAAGACACUAUAGAAAACAGUAAGGACAAAGAUGAUGGAAAAGCCGAAACUGGAAAGACAAAGCCCAUCAAAAUUAAGCUUUCUGGGAAAACUGUUGUGGCACAUACCAGUCCCUGGACACCUGUUGUUACAACCUCAACGCAGACUAAGAUCCGACCCAACCUGCCUAUCCCAUCCAUGGUACUCCGAAAGUCAGGGUCAGCUACAGUGAGCAAGCCUGCCCCUCUUAACACCUUUCUGUCAAUCAAAUCCUCUGGGACCUCUGCCAGACCUCUGCCAGUGGUUAAAGAGUCUUCAUCUGAUCUACUGUUGCCUCCAGAUAUCAUCUCCAAAGCUUUUGGAGGGGAAGAGGUGAUUCUAAAGGGAUCUCCAGAGGAAAAAGUGGAACUGGCUGAAAAGAAUGAGCCAUCCCAAGUACCUGAGCAACUGUUGGCUCUGCCACCACCACCACCGCCACCACCUCCACCUCCACCUCCACCACCCCUGGUUAUACCUCAUCUGUCUGCCCCAUCUCCUGCUCAAGCAAAUGUCUUAGCUCCAGUGAAAUCCAAUUCAGUUGUAUCUCAGACUCUCGGUCUUGGCUUCCAAGGUCCUGAGAUUUUGAACUCAGGGUUGCCUGUAGCCUUCACGGCCUCAGAACAACCAGCUGCCAUUCCUUCUGAUGAGACAGCUCCUGGGGUGAGUGAGAGUGACAGGGACCAGACCCUAAUCUCUAUGUUAGUGCGGCCUCCACCACCCCUCUCAAGUGUAUUCAGUGAACAGGCCAAAAAAUUAGAAAAGCGAAAUUUGUGCUUAGCAACAGCCAAUGCUAAGGACCUAUAUGACAUAUUCUACAGCAGUGGUGGGAAGGGGGCCCAUGAGACUAAGCUGAGUGGUAGUCCAUUGGCCAACGGGGAAAACAGCAGCCUCUUUAGAACUGAAAAUUCAGAUAUCUCUUCCACUUCUACUUUGAACAGUAGUGUGUCCUCAGAGGAUCUGCCUCAAGAUAGUGGUUUGGUCACUGCUCCUGUAAACAGCAAACUUGAAGAUCCCAUUCCAAAAGGUCUGGUGUCCAUAGGGAAAUGGUCAGUUGUAGAUCAUAUAGACCCCAAAAGUAGAGACAGCAGCUAUAGCUUCCUACAGCCUCUGACAAGGUUGUACCAAAAUAGGCCUUAUGAAAUGGUUGUCCCAAAGACAGACACUUCGGCUGUGUGGACGUCUGCUUCCUUCCAGAGUGACACUAAUAAGGAUAGACCUCCAGAGGGGAAAAUCAAGUCUGACCUGGGAGAGCCAGGGCCACCUGGUACAGAUUCAGCUUCUCAUCUGUCAGAUACACACUGUCAUACCAAGGGGUCUCAGAAGUUAGUAGAAAUUAACUUCAUAGAUAAGCAAAACAAGAACCAAGAGUUGGGCCAGUCUGAGGAUUGUAGAGAAAGAGAAAUGAAGAGAAAUACUGAACUAAAAGAAAAGGUAGCAGUUGAAGAAGAAGCAGGUACCAACAUUGGACUCCACAGCAUAGAAGAUUCCAAUUUGAACCAUGGCAGCAGAAACACAUGGGAAGGAGAAAUAGGACAACCAAAAUUAUCAACAAUUGACAAAGAGGUGGAACAGUCUAGGAAAUUGAUGACAGGACAUGAAAAUCCAAGCAAAGUAGUAAUUGAAUCGAAUCAGUCUCUUGCUUCCAAAAGGGCAAAAAUAGACUCAUUUCCAUCAUUGCUCCAGAAUCCAAAAGAUGUGCCUGAAUUACUUCUGCUAUCCCCGCCUAGAUCAGAUAUGUGUUUAAAGAAACCAGAGACUUGGGAGAGUCCAAAGAAACCAGAAGGGAGCCCAGAGAAACCAGGGGUGGAAGCUGUGGAGCUACAAGAUACUCACCCAGAACUAACAGUGGCAAAAGAAAGCAAAGCCUUAGAAAACUUUGAAGCUACACAUUUAAAAGCAGAGGGGCUUGUUACCUUGAGGAAUCUGGGGGAUGUACAUGCUGAUUUCCGCAAUGUUCAAAUAGAACAAGCACAUAGAUCACCAACUGCCCUGUCACAGAAAAUGUGUGAAGAAAAUUCUGUACUAUCUGUAGUGUGUAAUCUUUCCAGUCCCAGUGACUUUGAACCAAUACAAUCUUUUUCUGGGUUUCUGUUAGAAUCUCCCAAAACUUUGGUGCUUAAUUUUGGAACAGAGGGUGAACAUAGUUCAUCUAAUUCCAGAAAUGGGAGAAUCGCUUCUAACUGUCUAGAAACAGGACACCCUGUAGAAAAUGUUGACCAUGACUUAGGAGGUGAGAGAACACACCAGGCCCUUGACCUGUUGGCUGGAGGAAUGUUGUCUGAGGAAGUAAAGGGAACGUCACAGUUACCAGAAGAUUUACUCAGAGUGGAGUCCACGACAGUUGGCCCUUCAGGCCUUGGACCAUCUCCUUGCCUUCCAGACCUUGUUGACUUUGUCACACGGACAUCUGGAGCUCCAAAAGAGAAGCCGUGCUCUCCGCUCUGUGAGCCAGGUGACUUUCUUACGUGUAAUUCCUUGGGUAUGGGAUCACCACCUCUAGAAAUUGUGAAUGUAUCUGUCUCAGAGGUAGUUUCUCAAGCAAGUGAAGACAAUGACAGUGCUUUGAAUUUGGUGAAAUCUCCAACCUCAGGGUCCCCCUCAAGGGAUCAGGUGGUUGGAGGCAAUAUGGACCCCCAGGAAAUAACUGAACAAGAAGCUGCAGUUGAUGUCAUUCCAGACCACACAAGAUCUAGUGUUCAUGACUACAGCAGCCAGGACUACCUGAACGGAUGAAUCAUAUUGGGUUUUAGAAAUUGGACCCCAGCUGACCCAGGACUAGUUGGCAAUCUCAUCUGGAGCCUUCACAGUAAAUGUUCAUGGGAGCUAAAGAAAUUUGCCUAUUUUCCCCACUCCUUUCCCUUUAGACAAAUUAAUCUUUACAACUUCUCUACAUAUCUGUUAAAAUAUUUUCUGUUAAGUUUUUAAAAUUUUGGCCAAAUUAUUUUCUCUUUGUCAUUAAAGUUAAAUGUCUAUCUGGCUCACCACAAAGUGUGCUUUGAUUUUGGCUUUGAGGCUGCCAUUUAUGGAAUGUGAGCGGGGAGGGAACAGCUGACUUCAGUUACUAUGUUGUAUUCCUACCUACUUUUCUGGGCAAUUGAUGGCUGUCUGGGAGAAACACCAGAAAGCUUGCUGAAAUGGAAAACUUCUGAAGAAAGAAUUGUUCCUCCCUUAGGUUUCCAUUCAUUCGGAUGAGACUACCUUAACAUUGUUAGAAAUGCAACGUGAGUAGCCUUUUUGCUUGCUGUUUAACUUCCCUUAUUGGCAUGUUAGCUCCAUCCUUCCUUACUUUGUUGCGUUUGCUUCAAAUGGUCCUGGUCACUUGCAGACUUAUUUGGAAAUGGCCUCAGUAAAGGAAAGAAAAACUGGCAGGCUCAGGUUUGGAAGACGACAAACCGGUAAGGCUUAUUCCUGGCUCAAUACCAUGAGCGUUUGUGUUUCUGAGGUCUUUUAGUUUUGAAUUGACCUUUGUUCAUUAUAUUGUGGUCCAGUAACAUUUUAUGUUAAAUUAUCAGCCACUUCUGUUGUGAACUCUAAAAGAUCUGAAAUUGGGAUUAGACACAUUCUCUGUUCCACAAGCAUAGAUGUAACUAACUCUCUACCUUUCCCUUACCCAAGUUAUUGCCAUCAUAGUGUGAUGUUUUGGGUUGUACAUUUUGUUUAAUAAAAGAUUAAAGAAUUUAUGAAGUUGGCUUGGACAAGUUUAACUAUUUUUAAGGUGUUAAUUUUUUGGAAUAAAUGUAUUCAUCUCACA